GGGUCCUGCUAAGGGAAUCAACAGGAGCCGAAGCAGCAGCAGGGACAGAAGUGAAGCAGUUACCGUUGUUGCUACUGGGAGUAGAAUAUAUUGAGUGAGAGGACGCUUUAUUUUGAGUAUUUAGAAGGAAAUGUCACAAACAACCUGCCUAGUUACCUUGGCUUUCAUUAAGGCACUUUUGGUCUGAACUAGUGAAGCAACUGUGCAGCUGUGACUUGCUAUGCGACUCUGCUGCACUGUAUUACUCCUGAUUCUACAGCUUGUUGGAAUCCAUGUUAUCUCUUUGGUUGUUGGACAGCAGGAGAACGGAAAUGAGUCUGUUCUCUCCCCUGGGAGGAGUGGUUCUGGAAGACUGAAUGCUUCUUCAUGCCCCAAAGGCUGUUCCUGCCCAACAGAAGAAAUCACAGACUGCAGAGGAGCAAAUCUCUACGUAUUCCCCCAUAAUCUGUCAGAGGGUACCCAGCAUUUGUCAUUACAGAACAAUCAGCUGGACAAGAUUGCCUGUGAUGACCUGUCCAGACUAAAGAAGUUGAAGACCCUCAACUUGCAAAGCAACCAGCUCUCCUCCAAAGGGCUACCAGAUGAAGCGUUUGAAACCAUGAAGUUUCUUCAGUACAUUUAUUUGGCAAGCAACCAGCUCACAGUGGCACCGAGGAUACUGCCAACUACUCUGCGAAUAGCUGAUUUUGCAGGAAACCUUCUGACAGAAAUCUACCCAAUGACAUUUGGACAUAAACCACAGUUAAGGUCUGUUUAUUUGCACAACAACUGUUUAAGAAAUGCAGGCAUAUCAUUCAACUUCCUGAAUGGGUCCAAUGCAGUCACAACCUUAACCCUUUCAAACAAUCAGCUGACAUAUGUUCCUCAAAACCUGCCUGCGUCACUUGCAGAGCUGCACUUACAGAAUAACAGGGUUUCCAGCAUACCCAAGGGAUGUCUACAAAACCAGCACCGGCUUCGAGAGCUUCACCUUCAGAAUAACCACUUAUCAUCUGCUGCGAUCAACAAGGAGACGUUCAGUAAGCUGAAAGGUUUAGAAUAUUUGGAUUUAUCCAACAACCAACUUGAGGAAAUUCCAGCUAGCUUACCACCCAAUAUUAUUAUUCUGCACUUGGGCAAAAACCAGAUCGCGUCCAUCCAGCCAAAUGCCCUCAGCAGAAUCCGGAGCUUGGAGUACCUGCUGCUUCAGAACAACCAGCUGACAGCUCAGAUGAUCCACAAUAAAGCAUUUGAUGGACUGCGCAAGCUACAUACCCUGCAUUUGUACGGCAACCAGCUGGAGAAGGUCCCCAGCGGUCUUCCUCGACGAAUUCAGUCCCUUAUGAUACUCUACAACCACAUUGCUAACAUCUCUAUGAAUGAUUUUUCCAACACAUACUACUUGACAGAGCUUAACAUGAGCUAUAAUCGCCUGUAUAAUGCCAAAAUCCACCGACUAGCAUUCCGAAAGCUCAGAAAACUGAAAAUGCUGGAUAUUUCUGGAAAUUUCCUUACCUUUAUUCCUAACGGUCUUCCUACUAGUUUGGAAGUUCUGAGACUGCAAAAAAAUCAGAUUAACUCUUUAUCACCUGAGGAUUUGCUUAACCUUUCUGCACUGAAGGAGCUCUACCUGACGCACAACCGAUUAAGGGGGAGUAGCAUUAUGCCAGGGUCAUGGCAAGUAAUCCAUAGCACUCAGCUUCUAGACAUGGGCAGUAAUGAGUUAAGUUACAUUCCCUCUGAUCUACCGGAGUCUCUAGAGCUCCUGUACCUUCAGGACAACAAGAUCGGCACUGUUUCAGCUGAAUCCUUCAUUACAACUCCAAAUAUAAAAGUCAUAUUUCUGAGGUACAACCGUUUAACUUUGGCAGGUAUGCCUGAAGCAGCAUUCUCAGAGCUGAAGAAUCUGCAAGUAGUGGACACCACAGGGAACCCUGAGGUCAUCAGCAUUCCACUAAAACCACAGAAAGGGGCCACCAAGCUGGACAACAGUACAGGAACUGAGAUUCAGCUCAGCUUUACAGACCUCCAGCAACAUAGAAACAGUUCUAGGGGAAGGAUCCACUAAGCUUAAACAUGAAAAGAAAUGCUAAAUCUUGUUUAUAUAUAUUCUGAUACUAUAGUAACACACUUAAUAUUUUAUGAUUUUUUUGUAAAGUGUUAGGAAACCAUACAGUUAAAAUACCAGUGAAUUUGUUUAGCCAUCCACUGAACUUAUGAUUAUGGAACAGAAACCCAGCCCACAUCUUGCUUUCUGUUUAUCCACCAGUAUCAUCAGGAUAUUGUAACUGGGACCUGUCACAUAUGGUAAUUCAUUUGCAUCAGACAGUACUUUUCAGGUUAAGUAGUAAGAGGUGGCAUGGGGCUGCUGGUAGGUUUCCUGUCCGGUAUUUAAGUAGCUACAUUAUUUUUCUUUUCUUUACUUUUUCCUUAGAAGACUGCACGCAUGUCAUAACAUCCCUAAAUCAUGCAUAUUCCUACCACCUUGUGAGCCAUUCAGUGUAUCAUUAAAUAAUGCAGUCACCUCAAAUGUCAUUCACUUCAGUACCAAGCCAUGCAAUGUGUCACUAGUGAAUGCUGGCAUAAAACGUCAUUCCCUGCCACGCAGUAUAUUACUUGUAAAUGCUGACAUAGAAUGCAGAAUGUCAUUCCCUUCACUACCGAGCAAUGGAGUGAAUCAUAUUUUUUUCCCUGAUUAUUUUUAAACACUUAUAUUGAAUUGUCACUUGUAACACAGGCAAAUGUACAUUUAUAUAAAAGUAAUCAAACUGUAUUAUGAUGUUCACGUUUACAAACAUUAUACUUCACAUAUAUUGCUAUAUAUCAUAUAACCUAAGCAGCAUUACAUAAAUAAUUCAAUCCCUGCCCUUUUUUAUACAAGAAACAACUUUAUUAAACCAUCACUUAUGACAUAAGCAAUCAUACAUUUAUAUAAAUAAAAACAAA